CAAAUGAUACACCUGCUGCUACCCUUCACAAACCUCGUGUCCAGGGCACCUUGUAGAUUACACUGAGAACGAGAGUUGGGUAAAUGAUCAAUUUCCAGGCGAAACCGAUCAAUUUCAUCAACAUAUGAAGCCAACCGCUUUUGCGUCAUAGGUUUUGAAGGGGGCUAUACUUUCAUUCAGCCUUCAUAAAUAUCGAUCUCUCGUGUCCCAUAUCAGCAUGGCUUAAGGAGAGUGUACGCGUUAGCACUUCAUAUGCGAUUUUUAGCACCAGAUUUGACUGGUGUGGUUUUACACUAAUCUGUCGUCGGCCGUACGUAGACCGUGGCAGGCUUUCCGGUCCACUUGAGACGUUUGGAUUACGCAGCACUUUCACCUGCCUCUUAUUCUGUCCCGCCCUUUGUGAAAUGACCAGUGCAUGAACGCGAGGUGUUGUCUUCUCUGUUGGGAGCAAUAGAAAAACGGGGUCGACUCCGCAGUUCUCAUGACAUCACCAGUUGGUGGAUGAAAUGGAUCUCCUAAUGGAUGUUCCGGGGUGCUAGGAGGCUAUUAACAAGUUGUUUUCUCUGUUGUGGCCCGAUCGCGUUUCGAGAGGCUCUUGGUCGGUUCCCAAAAAGGCCGUGUGGGUUUCUGCCACCCGAGCCCCGCCCAUUCAGCCAACCCUUCACAGGAGUGCCCCCCAUGCGUGGAAAAUACGACCAGGAAGAGAGUGUGUGUGUGUGUGAGUCUAAUUCUACCCCGGCUUGGCGCCCUCCACUCGCAGCCCACCAGUUUGAGUACUAUGCGCAAUGGUGAAUAGGCGCUUGUCAAAGAGCGGAGAUUAGCCAGGUUGAUAACGCAGGCAGGCUGUUUGUAUGCGGCCGGUUGUAAACCACUUGGAGAGUGACGGUGUGCGGCAGUUCCACGGACGUGACGAACGCUGUUGGAACUGCUCCGACUCACGAGCGUGACAGCCUGAAGGAACGAUUCGGUUACAGGUGACAUCAGCGCCGGAGUAUGGGGGACUAACGUUAGUAGUACAGGGUUGGUACAACCCAUUUGCACCUUACUGACAGGAGAGGUGCACGACGCUGGGACAUUGCGCCGGCUGGACCGUUAUGUUGCUACAGAACAUGGACGACGGGCUAGCGCGGGAAAUCAGGGAGUUAGAAACUAAGAUGGGCAAAAUUCCAACAAGCCUGCUUAACUCAUUUAAGGAAUUUAACAAGGAGGAGGAAGAAGAACAAGGAGGAGGGGUUGACGUCGGUCAUGAGGAAACGGAAGGAGGGGACGAGAUCGACAAGGAACGAGUGAAUGAGACAGAGCAGGGAGGACAAGAAAAACCGUCCUCGCCCAUUGACAAACAGCUUAGCUUUGUCAAAGCCGAACUGAAACAAAUCCGCCAGGCGGACAUCCGGCUGAUGCACACCUUCCUCGCCGUGAACGAGGGAAUCGAGGAACUGAAGUGGUUGAUGGACAACUCCCUCCACACGCCCACCAGCAGUAUGUGUUCAUCCUUAGCCAGUCUGGUGGACAGCCGUGACGUCCUCAACACCAUCUCGGAGGAGGGCGCGGGGUUCUCCCCGGAAUCUCCAAUGCGGGUCCGACGGAACAGCGACCCAGGGUGUCGCGGAGGCGAGCACGAUCAAAGCCCGGUGAGAUCGCACCAGAGACGCGAAUCUGACCAAAAUGUGAGGACGAUGAAAUACGGUGACAUAUCGCCGCAACAACUGCCCAGAAAAAUAAGAUAUGGACUCGCCUCGCCCGGUGCCCCACAUCGUAGGGUGGACCAGACUUUGCAAAGUGCUCCUUUUGAUACGUAUCUAACGGCAAACGGCUCAGCAUCGACCGAAAAUACGAAAUGUAAGGACCUUGCAAAGUCGGCACAAGGGACAGAGGACAACUGGACGCUUCUUGUAUAGAUUUGUAAAAAAAAUACCGACAGAAAUAGUAAUAUCCCUGGAGAUAUGGUAUACAAGUUACGUGAAGAUCAUGCACAACACCUUGUACGGAGGAGAAGAUACGGAACAACCGGUGGAAUCUACAAUGUUUGUAACGCUCACGCUUUAGAUUAGCAAGCCAAAGGGACGGGGAUAGAAUUAUUCACGGGAAUCGAACUCGGGACGCAAAAGUACGAGACGAAUAAACUUAUCAUAAAUGCGUAGUACAUCAUCAUGUAUAAGUGCACACCCGCACAUCAGCACAUAUGCAACUCAAAUCGCUGCUAUCCAGAGAAACUUUCUAAAUCCGGACAAAGUCCAAUACUGUGUGUCGCCACAAAAGAACGAAAAUGCUCAGCCUAUCAUUUACACGUGUUUUAUGUCAGUUUAGGCCAGGUAUGAAAAAAGCAAUGGAAGUAUAAAGAGGACCAAUAUAUUUUCUACCCAUAGUAUCAGAUAACAAUGUUCGUUAUGAUAAUUCAGCUUAAAUGCAUACUUCAUGUUUUUGUUGAUAGCGUCUUUUAGACGUAGAAGAGAGAUGAUGCAAGAUAGAAGUAUGGUAGCCUGAUGGGCAAACCACUAGUUCUUGAAUUUAUUGAUUUGACGAUGGUGACAUCUAUUGCUGGAAAAAUUCAGUUUAUAGUAACUUUUAUA